AUGAAGAUCAAAACAGUGAAUCGCAACACCAAUGCAAUCAAGGUUUCUGAUCUAGUACAAAGUGAAAAUGAAAUUCAAGAAGACUUUAUUAUGGAAGAUACAUUUACAGACGUAGAAAUUCACAACGAAAUAGAUGCCACAGAAAUCAAUGAAAAUAAUAAAUUGAUAAAUGAUCAAUUAAAAGUAGAUAUUGAAUUUCAGGCAGGCUCAAAUGUCAAAGGCGCAUUUGCUGAGAAGGCAAACAAUAACAAUGAAAUUGAUGUUACAGGAAUUAUUGACUGUACAAAUUUAUCCCUUUCGAUAGGCAUUGCUGAAGAUAUUCCCAUAAUAAUUUCAAAUACACCCAGCAAAGCACAACAUGAUGUACCUGUAGAAAACUCUUUAGAGCAGCAUUCUUCACUUUUGGAACUAAACUUUCAACAAAUGGGAACUACUCAAAUUAAAACGACACCGACACCUAAAAUUGAAUCGGAUUCUACAGGCGAACCAAAUUCGAAUUCAGAAAGAGUUGUCGCCUUUACAACAAAAUGUUUUAGAUGA